AUGUACGGAUGUGUAUCGUGGAAAAUACGCAGGGUCAACCGCGCGAUUAGCCCUGAAGAAAUGGCGCAUCCUCCCACUUCAUUUUCUUUUUCUUGCUUUCCUUGCUUUCUUUUUCCUGUCUCUCGUAUAGAGGUGGCCUCGUACGAUGAUGUACUUGUGAAAAUAUUCCGUGAAGAAAUUCCUCCUGUCCGCCGAUGGCUGUUUGGGUACCAGGUGCAUCGUACGAGUUGCUGGCAAGGAAUGUGCAGACAACCCUCGUCCUUGGUUCCAGUCUUUGCGAAUAUUUCUCCUUCCCCAGGAUCGGUGUUCCAUACCGCCCGCCGGCGAGUUUCCGGGUCAUCGUCAGCCUGUUGCUGGUGUGCGUGUGUCUGUCCAAGGAGGGAUGGAGUGCUGUCAGUUAACGACGAAGCUGCCUCGGGGAGAAGAAAAAGAGCCUCAGUCCUCGCUUGGGCAGAUAUGGUACUGAUUACUAAUAUGCAUCAUACAGGUACAGUACAGGCACGGCGGUGGUACGAUACGGCCGUAAUACCGUUACGAGGCGUCUCACUCUAUUAUCCGCAUUCAUCCUAG